CUUGUUAUGUGUGUGUUAUAUUGCCGGAUGGACUCUUCCAUUUCUCGCAUCUUGCUGCUGGCUGGAUAUACUAUUACAGUGGGAUGAUCGGCUUGGAUCUUGGAGCUUGCACGCUUAAUCUUUUGCUUGCGAUUGCCCUGGGCACACCACCCACUGGAGGAGCUUUCUCAAUGGAACCUGAAAAAUAAAAGGUGGACGUCUUAACAAAACUUGUUUCAACAUGGUGCAUCAGAAAAGCUCUUCUGCUUUGGUCUGCUAAAGCAUUUUAUGGAUCUUUUUCAUUAAUAGGAUAUAAGGCACAAGAAAAAAACAACCUCGGUUUUUAUAUUUCAGCUAAUUGACAUCUCAUACUACAUACUAUAAGUGAAAAAGAUGGAUGAUGGAUACAGAAAUAACUCACAUAUUUACCAAGGUGCAAGAGACAUAGCCCGAGAGGUAAAGAGGCAAACGAGUAACCGAGCCAUGGAUGAUUAUAGGUAUCAAGACAAUACAUAUGGAGGUUACUCACCAAAUGAUGAUUAUUAUAGUGGAGAUCAUGCUAAUCAAGAUGAAGAUGCUCAGAGUGAUGCCACAGAAGGCCAUGAUGAAGAUGAUGAAAUAUAUGAAGGAGAAUACCAGGGUAUUCCACACCCUGAUGACUUGAGACAACAUAAAGCCUCAUCCAUAAGAGAUGAAUUUAAAGACCCUGCUGACAUAAUUGCCGAACGAAUUGAGGAUGAGGAACAGCUGGCUUAUCAGUAUGAGAACAUUAUUCAGGAAUGUGGACAUGGAAGGUUCCAGUGGACACUCUUCGUAGUUUUGGGGCUUGCAUUGAUGGCUGAUGGGGUGGAAGUAUUUGUUGUGGGAUUUGUUCUUCCCAGCGCUGAGAAGGACAUGUGUUUAUCACGCUCAAAUAAGGGAAUGUUGGGGUUAAUAGUGUACCUGGGUAUGAUGCUUGGUGCUUUCGUUUGGGGAGGACUGGCAGAUAAAGUGGGAAGGAAGAAGUGUCUCAUUAUUUCACUCACAAUCAACGCGGCCUUUUCAUUCGUAUCCUCCUUUGUACAGGGAUAUGGCUUGUUCCUUUUUUGCCGCCUUAUAUCGGGGUUUGGCAUCGGCGGAUCACUCCCCAUUGUGUUUGCCUAUUUCUCUGAAUUUUUAGCUCGGGAAAAGAGAGGAGAGCAUUUAAGUUGGCUCUGCAUGUUCUGGAUGAUUGGGGCUGUCUAUGCAGCAGCAAUGGCUUGGAGUAUAAUUCCGCACUAUGGAUGGGGUUUCAGUAUGGGGACACACUAUCAUUUCCACAGUUGGAGAGUAUUCGUGGUCAUUUGUGUUCUGCCAUGCAUUGCCUCUAUCAUUGCUCUAAAAUUUAUGCCAGAGAGUCCUCGCUUCUUAUUGGAGACAGGCAAACACGAUGAAGCUUGGAUGAUACUGAAGAACAUUCAUGACACAAACAUGAGAGCUAAGGGAGAACCAGAAAAAGUCUUCACAGUCUCCCACAUUAAGACGCCCAAACAACCUGAUGAAUUCAUUGAAAUUCAGAGUUCUACCGGAACAUGGUUUCAGCGUUGGUUUGUCAGGAUUAUGACUGUCAUUAAACAGAUAUGGGAGAACAUGUUACAUUGCUUUUCUGGACAGUUCCGAAAGAACACUAUAUUUUUGGCUGUCGUCUGGUUUACAAUGUCAUUAAGUUACUAUGGCCUCACAGUUUGGUUUCCUGACACAAUACGAUAUCUUCAAGACGAAGAUUACGCCAGCAAAGUCAAAAGGUUUACAGAUGAAAACGUAAAGAAUUUCAAUUUCAACUUCACCCUUGAAAAUCAAAUACAUGAAGAUGGAGAAUACUAUAAUGAUAGGUUUUACAAGAUGAAACUAAAGUAUGUCACUUUUAAAGACUCAUUAUUUGAUGAAUGCUACUUUGAAGAUGUGACUUCCACUGGCUCCAUCUUUGAAAAUUGUACUAUACAAAAUACAGUUUUCUAUAAUACAGACCUUUACCAGCACAAAUUCAUAGACUGCAAUUUUAUAAACGUCACAUUCUCUCAGCCAAAGGAGGGAUGCCAUAUUGACUUUGAAGAAGAUAACGACUUCUUAAUUUACCUGGUCAGUUUUCUGGGAAGUUUGUCGGUGUUGCCUGGCAAUAUCAUCUCAGCUCUUCUAAUGGACAAAAUUGGAAGGAUACGGAUGAUUGCCGGAUCCAUGCUGAUUUCAGCAGUCUGCUGUUUCUUCCUGUUUUUCGGGAAUAGUGAGUCUGCAAUGAUUGGUUGGCAGUGCCUUUUCUGUGGCACCAGCAUUGCUGCCUGGAAUGCACUGGAUGUUGUAACUGUUGAACUCUAUCCUACAAACAAAAGGGCAACUGCUUUUGGAAUCUUAAAUGGUCUCUGCAAGCUGGCUGCUAUCUUUGGAAACUCAAUAUUUGCUUCUUUUGUUGGGAUAACAAAGGUUAUUCCAAUUCUUCUCGCUUCCACUGCCCUUGUUGGUGGAGGCCUCAUAUCUCUUCGACUGCCUGAGACCAGAGAACUGGUCCUUAUGUGAGCCAAGAGGAAUUAGGGAGACACUCUUGAUACCUCUCAUGGUUGAAUUGGAUCCAGUAUUUUAGGGCACCGUGAACUUUUCAAAGCGCCAAAAGACCCCUUGCAGACAAACAAGAUCAUCAUUCAUUAUCUACAGCACAAAGUGGACUUUGAGAGUACUCUUCUGAAACCAUGAUAUUUCCUACACGAGUCAAUGGACUUUUUGUGUCAUAUCAAAUGCUAUUAGAAAACUAAUGCUUAGGAGGAGAUAUAGUGCAUAGAUUUUCCAUAUAGAUGGAUAUAAAUAAUAAGGGUUCGUUUCUAGCACAAUUUUCUUGUUAAGGGAAUAAGCUGAAAGCCAUCUAUAUUUAGAAAAUAAUAAUAAGUCUCUGCCUUGUGCUCAAACACUUAUAACGUUCUCAGUGCUUUUAUUUUGAUAACUCAAUUAUGUCAGGACAAUCAUUGCUGUUUUAUAGAUGUGUUUUGGGAUGUUAUAUGUAUGGCAAAUAACAUAAUACGUAAGAAUAUUAGUUAUUAAUAAUGGGCACAUGGAGAUGAAGAUGCAACCCAACCCAUUAUUCUAGUAUCUGUAAACAUCGUUCUAGGUACUCCUGCACAAUUGGAACAGAUCUUAGCACAUCCUUUUUGGUGUUAUCUCCGGCUUAUUAUGAUCCUUGAGAUAUUAGCUAAGUAAAUUUCCCUUCUAUUGAGCAGACCCAAGCCUUAAUGCAAGGGUACAGAUGUUUGUUUAAACCUGUAAGUAUAAGAAGACAUGUCUCUUUUUAACAUAACUAAUCCAAUAUCACUAAAUCAGGUCUCUUCAGAGACUUAAACAGGAAGUGUGAUCAAUCAGUGGCAUCUGUUGGCUGAUCUCUGUCAGUUCUCAAGCCAACAGCCAAUAUUUUAUUGAUCGCUAACCACUCAAAAGAGUAAAGCACAAAAUAACCUCACACCCACUAACACUGCCAAAUAUAAUAUAUUCUUUGUUUAGACUGCCACAGGGCCUGCAACAAAAAGAAGGUCCAGUAUAUCUGAGCUUAACUUACAGGAAAUGUUUCUUUUUAAAAAUGAUUAUUGUCUAAUGUGUUAUACAAAAGCUGACACUGGGGAACCUCUACAAAAUACAAUAAAACUGCCAGUAUAGAGUAAUGGUUUUAUACAUGUAUCCUUAUAAUACCAACAUUUGGAGUUCAUAUGUAUUACAGUGGCGUCAUUAGUCUUCUCUAACUACUCUAACAUAGGGAUCCAUAAACAUUUAAGAAAAAAAUAAUUACAUGUAAGGACCAUGCUUACCCCAAUAUGUAGUAAAUAGUGCAAAAAUGUUACCUCUAUGCACUAGUGAUGUGCGGGUUGACCCCCAACCCAUGGGUUUAGCAUUAGGUCAGGCAGGUGAGAGUUUAAAAUUUGGGCAACCAUUGUGGGUUUGGAUUGGCUGCAGGUUAGACUGAAAAGUACACUCUUCCUCUGCUCCUUAAAGGGGUAGUUCACCUUUACAUUAACAUUUAAUGCCAUAGACAUUGAUAUUCUGAGACAAUUGGCAAUUGGUCUUCGUUUUUAGUUUUUGUAUUGGUUUUUAGUUACUUUUGUUCAUUGUCCAUUUGGUAUUUUAGCAGCUAUCUGGUUGCUAAGGUCUUUUUUACCUUAGCAACCAGGCAGUGGUACAAAUGAGAGCUGGGAACAUGAAUAGUAGAGAGCCUGCACAGAAAGAUAAGUAAUAAAAAUUUAGCCUUACAGAGUAAUAGUUUUUGUCUGCUGGCGUCAGGGACCCCCAUUUGAAAGUUGGCAGAAGACAAUGGCAAAUAAUUCAAAAACUAUAAAAAAAAUCUAAUUUAAAGAAAAUCAAUUGCAAAUUUGCUAGGAAUAGGGCAUUCUAUAACAUACUAAAAGUUAAUGUAAAGGUUACCACUCCUUUAAGUUUCCCUGCCUUGGGACCUAAGGCGUGCACAGAAGUAGCGUACAAAGCGUAUAGGAAUGGGUAUGGGUGUGGGUCCUACAAUGGCAACAUUUUGCGGGUUAGGGUUGGUAAUGGGUUAAUGUUUUGUGGAUCAGGGUCGGGUGCAGGUUAAGUUUAUCCUGACCAGCACAUCACUACUAUGCACAAUUAAGGUAUGCUUUGCCGACUCAACUGCUAACAGAAAGAAAUACAAGUUUUGUUGUGUACACUAGUGUGCAGAGACUAUCAUAAAACAUUACUGGAAAAAAAAAACAUAUUUUGCCCCCCAAAAUUACAAAUAUGCAAUGCUCAAUUAAAAUCUGCAUUGCAAUAAACAAUGUAACAUUAUUACACUGUGAAAAGUGAAUUUUUAUUAUUUUUUGUGAUUUUUGAACUACACUUCCACCUUUUAUAACAUAUCUCCAUUUAUAUUAAACUUUAUCAUAUUGCACAAUUCAUUGUGAGGGUCGGUGGGUUCUUGCACAGUAGAUCAGCUUUUAUUUUUACUGAAAUAUGCUAUGGUCUUCAUUACAGCAAUGCUUUCUUAAAUUAUGUUGUCAUCAAUGUAGGAAUAGGAUCUCCCACUUUUUAUAUGCUUUAGUAACUCCAUGUGACUCCAAAACCCUCGACAAUCAAACCCUCAACAUAUAAUAUGUUGGCAUAAAAUAUAGGUUCUGUAUACAAAUAGAAAAUAGGUUCAGAAAAAAAGAGUUAAACGGAGAAGGUGAUUUCAUGUAUAGAACAAAAGUAGCAUUGCUGAAUAUCAGGUAGUAAAGAUUGCAGGAAGCAGAACUAUUUGUUCCAAAAGGUGUAACACACUAGUGAAAUAAAUGGAUGGACUCUUAACUGAGUGUUUAAAGUCUACCAGCAUUACAGCCAUAUUACAAAUAUACAAUACCUUUAGAGUAGAGGUAAGUUUCAGUUCUGAGUUCUGCACUGUAACUAGCACACACUCUUGUCUUUGGCAAUUAAUGGUUAUUAAUUGUUAUUAUAUGGAAGGAAUGCAAUAUGUGAUCAUUCAGCUGUAUACUGUAUAUAACUUGAGGCUCAUUAAUAUCUAGCACAAGUAAUUCUGUCAAACAUCAUGGUUAUUGCAAUAAAAUGAACAUACAAUGCCAUGGCAGAAAAGACAAA